AUGGGUGCAUCAGGCUUAGGUUCUGCUUUAGCAAAUUGUAUUAAUCUCUCAAACUUGACACUUGAUCUUAGUGAAAAUUAAAUUGGUGCAAUGGGUGCAUCAGGCUUAGGUUCUGCUUUAGCAAAUUGCAUUAAUCUUUCAAAUUUGAGACUUAUACUUUUUUUUAAUUAAAUUGGUGAUGAAGGUACAUCAGGCUUAGGUUCUGCUUUAGCUAAAAGCAUUAAUCUCUUAAAUUUAACACUUGGUCUUAGGUAAAAACA